UUGAAAAAGUGCAAUUAGGAUAUCCUCGAGUGAUUCAAUUGAUAUUAAUUGGUUAAUUGCUUCCUUGCGAUUGCAUUGAGAAGAAAAAUUGUCGUGAAGAAAAUCAGAAAAGGAAAAGCUACCUCAACAUUUUCCAACUUGGUGUAUGUGUGAGUCGGUGUUUCAGUUAUUGAUCGAAUCAUUGAAUGUCUAGGUCAUGUUGCUUGAGUGGGAAAAAGAAAGAAAGAAUUAUAUUAAUUUUUGCGGGGGUGUAUACGGAAAAUCAUUCACUAUUUAAAGUUUCCGUUUUUCCUUUUCUCUAAAACUUUCAUUUCCUAUCAAAUCGAAGAAGUCCUUGAAUUAUCUGUGAUUGAUAAAGAAAUUCAAUCUUGGAAAUAAACUUUACAAAAAGUUUUAAUCGAAUUUCUUUAACUUUCAGAUCAAAACAGAGAUAAUGACGGAAACAAGUUUAUCAAGGGGCGAAUCGCCAACAAAUUCAAUGAAUCAAGAUUACGACAUAACGCGAAUGCGUGAAGAUGAUUUUGAGAGACUUGCAGUUUAUAUUGUGCCCGAUGUACCGUGUGAACGUGGCAUUCCGGGACGUGCAGAGAAGACUCUUCCUAGAAGUCUCACACUAAAGCCUUCGGUGGUUCUUUCAACCCCACCCCAGCCGAUUGAAGGCGUUUGGAGCACUGGCGUUAUACCGAAAGGAACCCGCUUUGGUCCUUUUGAAGGACAUCGAACACCAAGUUAUCCAAGUGAUAAAUCGUCGUGGAGAUAUUUCUGGCGGGUUCAGGAACUAAGACAUGUUUCUUAUGGAAAUAUUAAGAUUUUCAAAGACAGCGACUUCUACUAUCUUGACGGUUCUGACAAUUCACAUGCCAACUGGAUGCGAUUCGUUGCAUCCGCUUAUAAUAUGAAAGUGAUGAAUCUCGUCGCGUGUCAGCAUCAAGAGCACAUUUAUUUUUACACAAUACGUGAUAUAAUGCCAAAUGAAGAAUUGAUGGUGUGGUAUUGUCGGGAUUUUGCGAAGCGUAUGGGUUACGAUAUUGAUCCUGAACGCGCAACUUAUUCGAUAUGCAAAGAAGAAACGUUGAAAAAGGCAGCAUAUGCCAUGCCUAAAACUAAAAUCAGUCCUGAAAUUGCUUACAAUCAUAUGAAGUAUGUGAUGGGACUUCAUAUUCCUGCUUCACGUCGUCCGCAAUCCCCAACAGCUUCAACAACAACCAACUCCCCACCCCGACACCAAGCCACCCACCAAACCGUACUGAAUUUACGUGAAUCUCAUGAAGAACGUGAUCGUUCACCUAUUCGAAUUAUGAUUCAUGAGAAUGGAGUGACAAGAGUUGAAGAGACUGCAAAGCCAGUGAAGGAAGAAGCUUCACCGAAAUUGGUUGUUUAUGAACAUCAACUGACGCCAAAUGAUGGAUCUGUGCGAUCUGAUGAAGGCUAUCAUAGUAAUGGAUAUCAUGACGAGUUCACACCACCAGAAGACUCAAGUGAUAGUGAGAGUGAACACAAUUACGUCUUGGAUUGUUCACAAAAGACCAUUGAACCUAAGGAGACUGUCGUCGUUGCAAAAGCGAAUGGCGAAUGUGUUGAUGGCAAAAAUGAUUAUCGUAAAGUCAAAAUGAAGAUGCCAUUGAAGUAUGAGUUCAAGAACAAAAAUAUGACAAAGGAUUGUGAGGCUGAAGUUGCUGAUGUUGCAAUGACAGAUGUGAAUGAAGAAGAGAUGACAGUUGUGCAGACGAAGCCAGCAACAAGCACAGUGAUUGUCUUGGAAUCAGCGCCACAAAAUACUCCAACGAUUGUUCCACUGACAAAAUCUUAUUACGAAGCUGAGACUUCAUCACCGCCACCUCAACAUCAUCACCAUCAUCAUACGUCAGCAGCAUUUAUGCGUUACACGCCACCAACUUCGAGUAUCUUGGAGACGAUCUUAACUGGUAAUCGAUUGGAUCAAGAUUCAUCAAGACGGCAACCAAAUGCAACGCCACCACCAACAUCACCUACGGAAAUGGCUUAUUCUUAUAAGAAAUCACAGCGAUAUGGAAAUGCUUGUAGUCCCGAUUCUAGCUCAAAUCCACAACAACCGAACUGCACAAGCACCAGUAAUAGUCAUCCAUUGUCACCGCCACAAAUUCUCGUUCCAUCUCGUAAUGUCCAGCAAGUCGUUGAGAAUUCAAGCAACAAUAAUCAAGCGCCAACACCACCGACUUUAAUCUAUGUUAAUCAAUCGCAAUUUCCACCUUAUGAGAGCCAAAGAACAUCGCCGUCAUACACUUACAGCAUUUAUUCGAAUGGUAAUUUAGUGACAGCAAAUUCCAACAAUCAUUCGACAUCAUCGACAUCGUCAACCUCAUCUUAUUCGCCACCUUUGAAUAAUGGACAAUAUGAAAGACUGACAUCAUCAACAUCAUCGGGAGCUGCAAUGCUUCCUUUUACUAAUGGCAAUCAACUUCCGUUGUCACAUCCACUUUUAACGCCAUUGGCUCCACUACAACACAUUUCAACAUCACGUGAAUCUCCGCAUUCACCACCAUGUAGUUUAAGUCCUGAUGGUGAAUCUUAUUCGAGAAGUGGAAGUCCUUUGUCACCGGGAUCGCCAGGGUCACGUGGCUAUAAAAGCUUACCUUAUCCAUUAAAGAAACGUGAUGGAAAAAUGCAUUACGAGUGCAAUGUGUGUUGUAAAACUUUUGGUCAAUUAUCAAAUUUGAAGGUUCAUCUUCGAACACAUAGCGGUGAACGACCGUUCCGUUGUAAUGUCUGCACGAAAUCCUUCACUCAAUUAGCGCAUCUGCAGAAACAUCACUUAGUGCAUACGGGUGAGAAGCCGCAUCAAUGCGAUAUAUGUAAGAAGCGUUUCUCAUCGACAUCGAAUCUUAAGACGCAUUUGCGUUUGCAUAGUGGUCAGAAACCCUACGAAUGUGAUUUAUGUCCGCAAAAGUUUACGCAAUUUGUGCAUUUGAAGUUGCAUAAACGACUUCAUACAAAUGAUAGGCCGUAUGUUUGUCAAGGCUGUGAUAAGAAGUACAUUAGUGCAUCGGGAUUACGAACACAUUGGAAGACAACAAGUUGCAAACCAAAUAAUCUUGAGGAGGAAAUGGCUUUGGCAGCAGCAGCGACGAAUGAAUAUUUAGGUGAUAAAGAGCACGCGGACAUGGAAAGGGAACGUGAACUUUAUGAGUAUCAGCAUCAACAGCAGCAACAGUCACCACAGUUACAUCAACAAACUACACAAAACGGUGGUGAAACACGACCAAGUGUUAUUGAAUCAAAUCAACCAAUGAUUAUUGAAUGCACAUAA